AUGGUGGAGCUACAUCUAAUUCUUGCUAUGCUUUUUCCUUUUACCUCAAAGAAAUUAUACCUAGUUUUUCAUUUUGGAAACGAGACUUUCAGUAACUCAAGUGUAUGCACCACUUUCUACCAUAGCUUCCCUGGCCAGCCGACUUCACAGAGUCUGGAGAGCCCUAUUUUACCUAAUGUCGAGGCUCCUUCAUCGACACGAUUAAUUGCAGCUGAUGUUACUACUGAGUCAGAGGCUACUAUCAGUGCCUACUCUGAGUUAUGUCCAAAGAAAGGUCUCUUGCGCUAUGUACCGGUUACAGUGCUUGAGUGCAGCCAAGCCGUUCGUUGCGUGGCUUUCCAUCCGACCGGUCGUCUGUAUGCCGUCGACUUGAUAAUUACGAUCGUAAGAUAUUAUGGCUACACUGGAUAUGAAUUUGCUAAAACUUUUCUUGACACCAAUCGUUAUCCACUCUAA